UCUUCAUCACCCCCGCAUCCGCCCGCCCCGCCAUGUCCGACUCCUCCACCCGCGUCUAUGUUGGCCGACUCUCGAGAGAAGCCAGAGAGAAAGACGUCGACAAGCUCUUUAGGCAGUAUGGCGAGAUCCGCGAGAUCACCCUCAAGAACGGUUUUGGCUUUGUUGAAUUCCGUGACCACCGAGAUGCCCGCGAUGCCGUGAGAGAGCUCCACAACAGCGCCUUUUUUGACGACAAGAUCAUCUGCGAGCUCGCCAAAGGCGAGCGCCGUCGCGCCCACGAUCGGUUCGGCCCCAUGCAGCGCACCAACUACCGCGUUGUGAUCGAGAAUCUCUCCUCAAGCGUGAGCUGGCAGGAUCUGAAAGACUACAUGCGCAAGGCUGGCGAGGUCACCUUUGCGGAUGCUCACAAAGAGCGGCAAGGCGAAGGCGUUGUCGAAUUCUCCUCCUUUGAUGACAUGAAGAACGCCAUCCGCAAGCUUGAUGAUACUGAGCUGAAAGGCAAGCGCAUCUAUCUCCGCGAGGACGACGGUCGCGGCCCUCGACGCCGCAACCACGGUCGUUCCCGAAGCCGCUCUCGCAGCCGCUCCCGUAGCCGUUCUCCACGACGUGAUCGCAGCCGCUCUCGCUCGCGAUCACGUAGCCCGUCUCGCCGAAAGCCGGAGGACCGCGACCGAAAAGACGAUCGCCGUGACCGUGAGGACCGCCUCGACCGUGAUGAUCGUCGCGAGCGCUCGGUGGAGGAUAACGGCGCCCAGACAUCCCCCAAGAUGGACGAGUAAAUGCACCGGCGGGGCGCAGUAUAUGCGCGGCAUGCACCACCGGCUGUGCCCUGAUCCUCGUGUUCAAGGGAUGGUCUUGGCGCCUCAAGCCGCAUGCCUUUGCCCAAUCUCCGCUUCCUGUUUUUCCAUUGGAUUCUUGUUACUCGUAGCGAAUUGUACUCCUUCCAUCACCCCCCUCCUUUUACCUCCGGCCCAACCGCAGCCAAAGCCGAUGUGGAAAAUCCGUUGACCAAACACACCAGCCACUGGCGGCGCGGGCGAUCAGGCUCGCUUUCUGUGGGGCACUGCCUGCAUGUAUGAUGAUGGGAAUGAGCCGGAACGACCUGUGUUUGAGGUCGAUGGCCACACAUUCUGGAUCCUGAAUACACACAGUCAUCACCACCCAA